UUCUCUCUCAACCCUAGAAUUCGAUCUCGACUGAAUUCCAUGGCGAUCAUCUCUGCUGGAAUCUGAUCAUCGAACGUUCGAGAUCUUCUGUUCUGAUCGUCCGUGCGCAAGAUUAUAGGGAAGAAGGAAGCAAUAGAAAUGGUGUACCACUCGAGUUUCGUUAACGAAGAAGGUGUGGCUAAAGCUUGUGGGUGCCCUCUCCUUCCCCUAAAAAGCCAUAUCAAGGGUCCGGCUCCAAUCUCAGAUCAAGAUAGAACUGACAUCGUCGAUGAAGCAAUCACAUUCUUCCGCGCCAAUGUCUUUUUCAGAAACUUUGAUAUCAAAAGCUCAGCUGACAAGAUCCUUAUAUAUUUGACACUUUACAUCAAUGUGGCUUUGAAAAGGCUGGAGGGUUGCAGAACAUUGGCUGAAGGGACCAAAGCCAUCAUCAACUUGGGCCUAGAAAAGGUUCCUGUGCCUGGAGAGGCAGGUUUCCCCUUUGGGGGCCUUUUUGCACUUCCUCAGUCUCAUCAAGAAGCAGCACUUGAAUUGGUUUUCCUUCACCAUUUUAUAUAUCGCGAGAUCUGGUGAGUCCACAUGAACCUCUGCAUCGAGGCACUUGGACAAUAGGAGCAACGUAUCAGGUGGGCACUCUGUUUAGAUGAACUAUCUGGAAAUCUGGUGGACCAAACAUUUACACUGAAUGUGGACAAUUAGCUGGAAAUCAGGUGCACCUGAUGCACUAGUCAGAUGUCCUGCACUCUUGGCUGGCUGGCUCAAAAUGGAAAAAAAAAAACAAAAAAACAUUAGUUUAUGUACAUAUCAAUCACAUGUAAUGUACUGGAGCUGCAACUUGGGGUCAGAUCAAACCCAAACCCAGUUGACCCAACCCGAGUUAGCGUCAGGUUGUCAAGGUACAUGGGUUGGGUUCAGGUUGGAAAACACCGACCCAAUUUGAAUUCAGGUUGGGUUUGGGUUGAGCAACUUUGAGUUGGGUUAGGUCUGUUUGGGAAUAGUCACAUGUAUUUCAGUCAGGUUGGGUCGAAUAUAGAGACUUCCGGUUGGGUUUGGGUCGGGUUGGAAUUCAUGUCGGGUCGGGUUGGGUCAUCUUGAAGUCGGGCUUGCCCAAGUUGCACCCAUAUACUGUACUGGCUGUUUGGCCUGUCACUCAUGAAAGUAUCUAGCUGAUAAUUACUGUAAAUUUCGUAAAAAUGAGCUUUGAUUUUCUUUGAGUUAAAUCUCUCCACUUACUCUUUGAAAAAGAGAAUUUCUUUUGAACC